CUCGAUCGGACACAUUCGUCGCGAGAGUACUUACCGAGGAAGAAGCAGAAAAUUUUUGUGGUCCGCUUUGGCAUAAAAAGCGUACGACAACCAAACUGGUGAAAAAUCGAAAUUUUGCAAAAUUCAAGUGCCCCAAAGUGGUGGGAAUUGUUGGAAGAUUGCGCGCGCCCUCCCUCCAUUCGAAAGUGGUCACUUUCGGCAGGAAAAAUCCCAGGGCAGCCAGAGGCUGGAACAAAAACGAGUGGCGGCCAAGAGGUACGAAGAAAAAAAAAGUGAAUCCAUCAGCAGCAGUGAGUGUGUGGAAUAAAAGAAGAAAAAUGAAUCCGCGGAGCAUCCGUCGUGUGUGAAUUUAGUGUUGGGAAAGGAAAAAAAAUAACAUACGCCACGGGUUUUGCGGGGUUCGGGAAGUUUCAGGGCGGAAAAAGGAUUACACGGCUCCGGACUAAAGGGAAUUUAUUUGGCCGAUCAAGGCACAGCAUGAUUGCUAUCCGGACCGAUCUGGCUCGCACGGGAAUAGCCAAAUAAAAACAAAAAUACGGAAAGCAGGAACGACCUCUUCACCCACCCAGGGAUUGCCGACUCCACCAGAGCCCAGACAGUUUGGUGAGAUCAACGAUUCAAUCAACGUCGUCUCACACAGCGGUAAGAAGAGAGAAGCAAAAGAAGCAAACCGAGCUGUGUAUAAUCAACAAAGCAUUGAAUAAGUUCAAGAGAAAAUAACACAGUAAAAAAGAGUCAAAAACAGCACACGAGGGGGCCAACGGAUGUGUUGUUGUGUAUGAGCAAAAGUUUGCUGUGAGUGCAUGUGAAGUCACGACACGGGUUGAAGGCAAGUGCAGAAGUGCAGUCGUCGUGAAGAAUAACAAAACCCCGAGUGAGAGUGUUAAACGCGGGAAAUAGUGAAUAACGGUCACCACGAGCUCGAUAGUAGCAGCCUUAGUGCCACAGAGCGUGUGUCUCAUAACAAAGAAAGAUUGCAGUGCGGUGAGCGGGUUGAAGGAAAUUUCCUUAGCUGCGUGCGUGAUUAAACGGCAGCGCGAAAAAAUAAGAGUCGAUCGGCGAGUCAACGCAGCCACCAAUACCAAUCCUAUAGUAAAUUGUGCAAAGUGGUGGGGAUAACAGGCUAUAACACAUAGAAGUUAGUGGUAUCGAAGCAAAAAAGAAGAAAAAAAAAUCAAUUGGUGAAAUUCUCCUCCACUCGGAUGUGCAAGUUCGGAAGCAGAUGUUUAUUGAAUGUGCAAACAAGAAUGAUGCAAACGCGAGAUAAAUGUGAUACAGGGUUCGGAUUGUAAUCUGAGCAGCGGAUUACUACCUAGCAGGAGAAGGAGUUGAUCAGCAAAUUGGAAAGGCAAAACACAGACCGAAACGUAAACAGAGCGAGCCAGCGAGCGAGGACGACGACGACGAACAAAACGUGCACACCAACCAGCUUUAUCCGAAGGCAGACGGCAAAGUGAAUGAACAGAACGAGAGUGAAAAGUUGAGAUAGGCCCAGGGUACACAGAAGGCACAAGGCAGCAAAAAAUGAGCAUUGAUCCAACGGAGGUGGCCGCUCAAACAACAGCAUCAACUACAACAACCACCACCACAGCAUCAUCAUCAUUAUUGUCAUCGAUCCUCGGUGCGGAAGAGGAGGAAGAAUCGACGCUGGUCGAAAUUUCGGCUUCUUCGUCGUCAUCGCCAACCACGGUUUCGUCACUGUCGCCAUCGUCCCGCACUAGCACCGGUGAAGAUGGGCCCGAAUCACAUCCGGAAGAGGCGGUGCGAGACUCAGCGAAGACGACGACUACAACGAAGGCGAUGACGAACACCCGCGAAGAUGCUACGGUAUCCUUAGAUUCCUCUGAAGCCAGCACGGUGGCUUUAGUCGCGGAUCUGACUCCGGAGCAGAUCCAUCGCCAGCAACAGCAGCAGCAGCCGACUCUAGCACCGGUGGCAGCGCACGUUGCAACUGACCUACCAUUACAACAACCAGAAUCCCGGAAUCUCUUUCCGAUCCAGUCCUCGUCCUCACUGUCGACUCCGUCCUCAUCCGAAGAAUACGAUGAAUCUGUUAACACUAGCAGUACCGAAGGCGCCUUGAACGUUUCCAGUAGCAAUAAACCGUUGAACAACAAUAACGACAGUAGUACAGCAAUAGGAGGCAACAAUACCAGUCCCAGCAACGACCAGCGGGUGCCAGAGAGCGAGUUGAGUGCCAUCGAAAGCACUCUGCCACCCUUACCAUCAUCCGGAGCGACGAUCACAUUGGUAACCAGCACCCCGGAGAAUUCCCCCAGCAGCAAAUCGUCCGAAGAGCAAAGGCAAGCACCGAUCGAGAUAGUACAAAUCUUUCCACCCACCGCAAAAACAUUGUCCUCAUCCGUAACGUCCUCUUCAUCUGCAUCGUCCUCCUCCCCUUCAUCGGGCUCGCCUCCGUCGUCGGGUGCCUCAGCUGCGUCCUCGACCUCGUCGUCACCUUCCGCCUCGCCGCUGGCAGUGGACCAACAGCAACCCACCUCCGCACCAACUGCAGUUUCGCCUUCUCAAGUUCGAGCGGAAGUGCCGCCGUCGCCCCCAUCGAAAAUGGAUGAUUCCGCCAUUGGCGAGCCGGAAAUCGUAAAGUCCGGUGGCGGUGAUCCGGAGGCGAUCCGGGCGGCGACAUUCGUGUACCACAAUCGCGGUUCGUCCUCAUCGCCGCAACUGCAGAGCAGCUUGAAAAAGUACAAAAUGGGCGAACGGAGCGGCGAAAGUGCGCGGCGCGUUUCGUUCCCGAAGGAUGCGCAGCUCAUCACCGGCUACCUGGAGCCGAUCGAUCCGUGGGCGUGUGUUACCAUCAUCAGUGUACCGGAACUCAUCGAACUGUAUCGGACGUCAUGUGCGAAACACUUCACCGAACCCCUACCCGCCAUCACCGAGCACCUCACCAAGCUGGAUCUAGCGGCAAACCAGCGAGUACCGUCACUGUCGCUCAAGGACCAGAAUCUCAGCCACGGUUCGUGCGAAGCGCUGGAGGAAAUCUUCAAACGUGUCCAGUACCGCAGUAUUAAUCUCUCCAAUGCCGGCCUGGACGACACCAGUGCCAGCGUGCUGUUCGACAUGAUCGAGUACUACGAGGCGGCCAACGAGCUGGACAUCUCCGAUAAUCUGGCCAUGACGAACAAGAGCUGGCUGGCGGCCAUCAACAUGGUCAAAAAGAGCCAAGCGUUGAACGUCCUCAUUACCCGGGGUCCCGGAAUAUCCGAACACCACGCGUCGAACUUGGCCAAAGCACUGAACUCUUCCGCCCUCCAUACCCUCAGGCUAGAACACUGCGAGCUCAGUCAACGCCCGUUGGCCACGUUGUGCAACUUGCUGAAGAGGAACACUGUGCUGCGGGAGCUAUCGCUGGCACACAAUCAGCUGACCUGCGAUGACGCUAAGAAUAUUGCCAAUCUGCUGAGGGCCAACUACUACAUUCAGCUGUUGGAUAUUUCUAACAACAAUAUUGGGGAUAAGGGCGUGGAAUACAUUGUGAACGCACUGAUCGAUCAGUCAAUCUACUUCAAAACCGUGCAGGAAACGAAGCGCAAGAGCGAGUUCAGCUUCGCCGAUCUGUCCAGCAGUCUGCACAACAUCAACAGCAACAAGCACUUCUUCCCCUAUCCGUAUGGCAAAACAUCACAACAGCAACGACUUCAGCAUCAGCAGCAGUGCAAACCAGCGCAGGAUCCGCCAAAACUAUCCGAAAGCUCGUUAUCCGCUGCCAUGUCGCCAACGCCCCUGUCAAUGCCGGCGGACGAAACCCCAAAGACUCCGCCACCAACACCGGCCUUACCCGUGCGCACACCAUCGGGAGAAGCCCUUCCCGUGGUCGUCGGGAGUUUGUCCCCGCCAGUGGAAAGUCAGGAAGAGGAACCGCCACCCAGUCCACCGAGUGCGGCUCCGGUAGCAGCAGCAUUAGAAGAAUCUUCAGAUUUGCAUGAGAAAAGUACAAAUAACGAUAGUGGUCUUAAUAGUAGUGUUUCUAGUGAAGCCGAACAAACGAAUAGCGAUAGUAGCGGGGGUAUUGUGGUGGGCACCGAAGUACAGAAGCUGGAAUCGAGCAGCAGCAGCUGCGAGGGAGAACACUUGGCGGCGGUAGCAACGAAAGCCGGGGGUGAAGGCGAAACGACCAGUGACAUUAGUGGUGAUAAUCUAGUUGAUUCUGGCCUAGUGGUUUGCGAUCAUCCAGAUAACAGUAGGACUGAUUGUGCAAGUGAUGUCGAAGGCAGUGCAAAUGAUGUAGGAGAGAAACAGACUUUAGAGCUGGCGUUCGACUUGGGCGGGGAUGAAGUGGACGUGAAAGGGCCGAAAAAGGCGCGGUUAGCGAAACAGGACAGUAUACUAAGUGAGUUCGAAGCCACCAUGCCGGAGCUUCGGCUGAACACGGAUAUUCCAAAGAAGAACUCGACCCCGAGUAAGGCCGAAGAACCGAUGGAUGAAGACACGCCGGAAGUUUGCACAGAUUACGACGAUUCAAAUCUCAAAAUAGUCGAAGAGAACCUGCUUGUAGAUAGGAGUAUCAAUGCAUCAAAUAGGAAACAAAGCGACACCAAAGAAGCGGAAGAUAGAACCGAUACCGAUGACAGUGCACCCGUAACGCCUUUAGCCACUCACAAAAAAGACGAACUACAAUUGCUGCUGGAAAAAUCCAAACAGCAGGAAGAACAGGACGAAGAACCCAUACCUCCUCCUCCGUCCCUGUUGCCGGUCAUCGAAAGCGUCCCUUCGGUGCCCAGUGUAGAAGUGAUAACGUCGAUCAGUGUUCCGGAAAAUCUCGGCGCCAUCCCGUUGAAGAUCGUCGAAGGGGAGCUCAAAGACAAACCCCUCUCGCGAUCCCUGGACAGUGCAGGGUCGGCGGACUUUGACAGUCCGUUCCUGGGGGGCAGCCAACCGCCAGCGUUCCCGAACGAGCGCUCGUUUAGCUCGGAGAGCCUCAACAGCGAAACCUCGGUCGAUUCCAACGAUUCCAAGAGUAGUUUGAAGAUCAUCGAAUCCAAGUUCGCCGCUCGCAACGGAACGCUGGAACGGCAGCAGUCGAACGCCAACCGGGAAGCCCAGCAGGCCGAUCAAUCACCGAAUGCACCCUGCGGCCUUCAAGUUCUAGUCCUGUGGAACAAUGAAAUCACCCGGAACUCGGCCCAGUCGUUUUCGGACCUGAUCGAGAACACGUCCACGUUGGAGAUCCUGAAUGUGGGCUGUAAUUUACUGUGCAAUGACUUUGUGGGCAGUAUCAAGGGCAGUCUGAAAUCAAACAGCAGCGUGACGAGUUUGGGACUGCAGGGGGCGCACUUGUCCGACAAUGGCGCCAAAGUUAUGGCCGAGGUGAUCGAGUUUGGCGGUAAUGCUACACUGCAGAGGAUCGACCUCAGGAACAACAACAUCCUGGCGACGGGACUGGACUAUCUGAACGACGCGAUGAAGUCCAACAAAACCGUCACCCGGAUCGACCUGGACGAUGUGCCGCGGCGAGUUGUGGAAAACUCCCUCGACAUUGGCCCAGAGUACGCCCGCCUGCUGAACAACAUUCGCGCUCAGUGCGAACGUAACAAACACCCGCAGGAACCGUCGGAGCCGAUCAGCACAUCGAUCAAACGCCUCCGGGGAUCGCACCUGGGCUCGCGGAAGAUCUCCCUCACCUGUUCGUCGAUCCGGGUUACUCCGAGUGGGGCAACCGCCGGCGAGAAGCACCAUCACCAUCUGCUGGAUCCGAGCAAGAAAACCGGUGGGCGAUUACGUUCUCCAUUGCCAAGUCCGAUUCCAUCACCCAUCGCAUCCCCGGUGCCGAGUCCCUCGCGGAAUCGCUUCCAGGUGACACGUGUCGGCGAGUCUACCGGCGGCAGUACCAGUAGUCUCACCAGUAUGAACAACACGAGCAAUACAUCUACCUCACCGUCGCCCUCAUCGACGGGAAGCUCGCCGACACUGUUCUUCGCGGCAAAUUCGCGCUUUCGUGUGGUGACCGUCGAGGAACCGGCAUCGUCGUCGUCGUCUGUGCCUAACUACCCGCUAGGGAAACUGUCAUCCUCGUCCAUAUCGCCAUCACCGCUCGUUACCAGUGGCAUCAGCCGGAUGCCACCUUCAAGCAGUAGUUCCGCUCCUGCAUUGUCCUCAUUUGUCAGUUCACCGAAACUAACAUCGUCACCGAUUCAGCAAUCGGUGGCAACGAAUACGCCACCGGUGCUAUUGCCAACACCUACAGCUACCGUGCAACCAACACUACAACCCCAACAACCCCCGCAGACACAAUUCGUAUCGCCUCUAACGGCAACACCAGCUACAAUCCCACCGACACCAAAGCCCAAGCAUACACGAUUACCUUCCACGAGCAGCACACUGAACGAUUCGGUAAUUUCAUCCACGUCGAUCGAAAGUCCCGAUCUCGAAGUGAAACGGUUCAUGACCGGAGCAACCGGUAGCAUUACUGGCCAUCAUACUCGAACGCACUCCUCCACCAUGGACGACAGCUGCUGUUCGUCCAUCAGCAGUAGCAUCGAUUCGAUCGACAACGCCCACUUCAACAACAACACCUCUAUCAGCUCGACGGACGAAAGUUUCGAUCUGAUCGUUAGUUCACCUUCGUCCUCGUCGAUAUCGAUCGGCUCAGUGAGCACGGCUCCGCUAGUAAAGUCCACCUCCAGCCAACAGGGCGACAUAACACUCAUCCCACAGAAACAACACCAUCAAAAGCAACAACCACAGCAACUGUUGACCACAACGAACAAAGAACCUCCUACCAUGUUGGUCAACGCCAAUCUGCUGAAGGUGAAGAACAACAGCUUGUCCAGUCUGGAGAUGAGCACCAGUUCGCAGGAGUCGCUGUACGAUGUGCAGGACCUGUCGUCGGUGUCGGUAUCGUCGUCGAGUGUCGGGUCGUCUUCGCUGGUCGGAGGCGUGGCCGCCCGGCUGACGCUACCGGCCAGCAGUGGGAACUCCAACGAGAACACCCUGACGUCGAUCCAGAGCCUGGACAAGGACGUCAAAGCAGCAGCGGGUAAAUCAUCGGAAAAGCCGCCGCGAGUGCGGAAAACCUCGUGGAUAUCCUCGAUCGGAAACCACCCGAAAGCGGACAGCGCUUCGACGGGUUCGUCCGGUGGUGGUGGUGGUACCAGCUCUGGCAGUGGCUACUCCCCGGCCAUCGAAAAGCUGCUGUCCAUCUUCAGCCCUAGUAACCUGUUUUCCUCCAACAAAUCUAGUCCACCGAGUUCCGAAUGUGGAACCGUAAGCACUGCGGGAGGAAGCUCAUCGGCGUCGAAGGAGAAUACUUCUUCUUCGCAGCCUCCGUCGCGGAAGGAAAGCCCCAUGGGAGGGCUGUUCACGUGGAGCAAGUCCUCGAGGGACGAGGAAAAGGUCCUGAAAGUGAACGUUUCGCCGGAGAAUACUAUCACCCCGCAUCAGCAGGUUAGCCAUUCGCAGCAAUCUCCGCAGCUUCCCACUUUCAGCGUGGACAACAUAUCCAGUCAGUUGAAGGCGGAAAUCAAGGAGAAUAUCUCCCCCGAGAAUACCAUCACGACACCUAAGCUUUUGGUGAAUCCACCUCCACCGUCGUCUCAAGCUAUAACCACUCCGGUUACUACGAUAGUGCCAGCCCCGGUAGCCACGGCGGCUGGGUCUCCUCAUCCCAAGGUCAUAUUCCAUCUGGGAGGUGACUACGAGGAUUCCGAGGAUGACAUCGAUACGCUAACCAGCAAAUAUGGCGGAGGAAGCGGGGGACCAGGCGGUAUUAACCCACUGUCCCAUCCCCCUUUAUCGUCAUCCAUUCUAGGGACGAGCGCCGGAAGCACUACCACCAAUAGCAGCGGUAUCAGCAUCAGUAGCAACAUGGCCGAAGGAUCGCCCACCCCAUCCAGUGGAAUCGGCAUGGGUGGGAUGGCCAUUCUGCCGACCAGUCAUCUCGGCCAGUUGGCACGGGAUUCGUUGACCACCAUGUUCAAGAACUCGUCGCUUACGUCGCAGGACUCGAUCCGGUCGAUGGAUUCCCUAGCGGAGAUGGCCGAAAGCCAGACCCAGAUAUCAGCACUUCAUCCGCACCAGCAUCAACAUCAGCAGCAGCACCAACCGGAUGACACGCAACAAGCUCAGUAGCGGACUUGGGUGGAACGUAAAAGUGUCGAAUGGUUGAUAUGAUUUCUUGAUUGAACACUGUCUUUAGCAUAGAUAGGAGGAAGGCGAAAUUUUGUGUGUGGUUCUGAAUGUCUCUUAGACUUACCUGCGUUCGCGGGGAUGUGCUAUGGCUUCGAAAGGAACUACCAGUAGAAGAUCGCGUUCUACAUCGCAUUUUCGGUUUGCAUGUUUCGGACCCCCUACCAAAACACCCCACCACGCCACAUCCACAAUCAAUCCACUAUGAUCGUGUAUCCCCUAUACGUUUUAUUUGAUCCUAUUUAAAUUGUGAGAAGCAACAAGUAAUUAAUGUGCCUUCUUUGAGCAAGCGAACACUGCAAGAGCAGCGCGAAACGGAAGAAAGAAUACGUUGGCGGGGCGUGAAACGCGAAACUGAACUGACCGAUGGAACGACAGGUAAGAUGUAACGAAUUACUUAAAUUUUAUACAAAUAAUUACGAGGAAAAAAGAAAGAACAAUAAUACCGCUAUUGGGAACGGAAGAGGCGUAGAAUAUUCGAA